ACAAGCUUUGUAUGUCAUUGGCCAAAAAAAAAAAAAAUCUGUUUGCUCUGUCUCUAUCCACAUAAGCUCUUCUCGACAAGUGUGAUUCUUUGCAAUUUCAUGGAGUCCGCAGCCGCGAAAAGUAUCUCAACUGCAUCAUCCAGACUCCUCGCCUUGGCGCAGCAGCUUCGUCUAUACAAGGCAGAAGAGAGCACCGGGAAACUGAUCUCCCACGUUGGGUUUCACAAACCUAUCUCUCCGGCGAAGAAAGCGGCUGUCUUGAUCUGUCUCUUCGAAGGAGACGACGGCGAUUUGCGUGUUAUCCUCACUAAGAGGGCUUCCGGAUUGUCUACUCACUCAGGAGAAGUUUCUUUGCCGGGUGGUAAAGCAGAGGAGGGUGAUAAGGAUGAUGAUGGUGUUACUGCCACCAGAGAGGCAGAGGAAGAGAUUGGAUUGCACCCUUCGCUUGUUGAUGUUGUUGCUUUCCUCGAACCUUUUCUCUCUCAGCAUCUGCUUAGAGUGACUCCUGUAGUGGGAAUAUUAUGGGAUAGAAAAGCAUUCAAUCCAACGCCAAAUCCUGCUGAAGUGGAAGCUGUGUUUGAUGCACCUCUUGAAAUGUUUCUGAAGGAUGAGAACCGGAGAUCCGAGGAGAUUGAGUGGAACGGGAAAAGGCAUUUGCUUCACUUCUUUGAUUACAAUACAGGAGAUAAGGAUUAUGUUAUAUGGGGUUUAACUGCUAGAAUCUUGAUAAGAGUUGCAUCUGUGGUGUAUCAACGACCACCCGCUUUCAUUGAACGAAUACCUGACUUUAAGUACCCCAGAAUGUGAAUGCAGAACAAGGCUACUAGUUUAUAUGGAUAGCUGAAGGUGCUGAGUUCUUGCUUGGGACAUAUACAUGAACCUUUCGGUGAGGAAGAUCGUUGGAGAUGUCUCUGUUUAGUCUUUUCCCAGCACACUGCCUGCGUUAUCAAGUUGGAAAAUUAUCAAGACAAAUCUAAACCAUUUGACAUGAAGGCAAAGCUUGUUCUUGGAGAAUGUGGGAUCAUACAGCUUUGCAGUCGUGAGUUGUGCCUGAUAUGAUGUGGUUAGAUAUUUCAGUCAUAUGCCCUGAAAGCAAAGCUCUUUCUUGGAAAAUGUGGGAGCAUACCGCUUUGCAGUCGUGAGUGCCUGAUAUUAUAUGAUUAGAUAUCUCAUUCACAUAUCCUGAAUGUAAAGUGCAGCUAAUUCUUGGAAGUCCUUCAGCAUGUUGUGUACCAAUCAACAAAUCUGAAUUUAACAAAAAGAAGACAGAAUGAAAAAGGAUCUGCUUCGGAUAUUGGAGAUCAACAAAUCUGGAUCACACUAAUUCAACUGAUGCAAGAGCAAAGACUUGCAGUAAUGACGUGUAUCUUGUUGGAAUGGUUCAAGAAGAGUUCACUUUUGUGCAAAUCUGAAUCAGCUUACCUGAAAGUAAAGUUCUUUUUUGGAGAAUGUGGGAGCAUACCGCUUUGCAGUCGUGAGUGCCGGAUAUUAUAUGAUUGGAUAUCUCAUUCAUGUAUCCUGAAUGCAAAGCUCAUUGUUGGAAGUCCUUCAGCAUGUUUUGUGCCAAAUUGCCAAUCAACAAAUCCGAAUUAUAACAUAAAGAAGACAGAAUAAAAAAAAUCUGAAUCGGAUAUUUGGAGAUCAGCAAAUCUGAAUCGUACUAAUUCAAUUGAUGCAAGAGCAAAGGUACAUUCCAGAUCUUGUUGACUUUGGAAUUCUAUAUAGUGGAAGUCUUAACAAUGCGUUGUGAUCAUUUGACUUUUACUUGAACGUGGUCUGUGCAAAGUCAAUUAUACACACACUUUUCAUCUAACAAUGCUGAGCUUGCUUUUAUUAGAAAAUAUCUCAAAAAAGUUUUGGGGGCAUUCCGAGAAUUGAACUCGGGACCUCUCACUCCCGAAGCGAGAAUCAUACCACUAGACCAAAUGCUCUGAUGUUAUGUAAUUGAGUUUAAAAUAAUAUAGAAGAAAACAUAUCAAGUCAGAGUCUGUUUUAGUUGCCUUAGUUGACUUUUUCCGUGAUAAAUAUGUCAGUAUUAACAAGAUGUUCCUAGAUCUGUCCUGUGGGGUCGUUUCCACCAGAGUCCUGAGAAUGACCAUUUUCAUUGGAAAGUGAAAUCCUUUGUUCAUAAUGUUCAUUGGACAUACUCUGCCAAUAUAUUUUGUGUUCUGACCAAGUGUAUAUGUUUCUAUGAGAUUUCCUGAUAUAAGUCGGCCAGUCUUCACCAACAAUACUUGCUCAACACUGAUACAAUCAGACGCGGCGUGGAGAGAAGAUCUCCAACUUGCGGGACUUGGCUGGACCUUUAGCGGCCAGGACAUCAGAGCAUCCUUCCUUGCCCAUUGUCAUUUUGUCAACUCCCCCAUUGUGGCUGAGGGGCUAGCGCUGAGAGAAGCUCUAGCUUGUGGCAUUGAAAAAGGCCUCCGACAGGUGCGGUGUGAAUCAGACUCUUCAAAACUGAUCACUGCAAUCAACAAAGGCUCCCCGGUGGCGGAAAUCUACGGCAUUGUCGCUGAUAUUCGUUGUUUAGCUUUAGCUUUUGAUUCUAUCUCUUUUUGCUGGAUUCAGCGUAGUAGAAACAAGGACGCCGAUGCUUUGGCAAAGCAGGCCCUGUGGAAUGAAUCCAUUGUAAUAGCUCCCUCAAACAUCAAUACUAUUAAAACAGAAGGCUCUUUUUUGAGGUGCCCUUUUGUUUCAACAGUAUUUACAAUUCUCUGCCACUGGAUUAUUUUUAAGCUAUGCUUUUAAUUAAAAUCAGUAUUUUAGUAA